UUGGAGGUCGUACUUACAAAGAAGUUUACAGGGGAAAAAGGUGGUCCCACAAAAAAAAAGUUUUAUGAAGCAAACUACCGAGCACUUCAAUCUGCUGUUUUGACACCGCCUUUACCCGCGAAAUAAAGCCACAAACUUGUUUCAAUUUACUCCGAAUGUUAUCAGAGACAGACGAUUGAGCAGUAUGCUAUGUUUAUUAUCAACUGGAUACAACUUUGAAAAAUCCGAACCAAAAAAAUGGAGAGAACAGCUGAGUCCUGUUGUGGAGUCUUGCUGUCGUGUGUAGCUAGCUAGCUAACUUGGAUAUAGCUACGAAUUUCCCCAUUUUCAUCAGUCCACUUCUGUGUGGAGAAGCUAUUUUCUGAGUGGCCUGAGUGACACUGAUUGCCAUUGAUAAAGUUGGUUCAGUGGGCCACUGCAGAAUUUUGUCAAGAGCAUUGGCUGUCUGCUGUGUCUUGAUGCUCUUCAGUGCCUGGUUGUUACAUGGGCGAUGAGGAUGUCCUGCUGGUCAGGAUUGUGAUGUGAUGGGGUGCAGGACGAGCAAGGUCCUCCCUGAGCCACCUGGAGAUGUCCAGCUAGACUUGGUCAAAAAGGUGGAGCCUCCUAAAACCGACAUCUACAAACAUUUCAUCCGAGACGACGGCAGUGGGAGUAAAAUGGGAGGGGAGAAAACAGGCUCUCUCUCUCCACAAGCCCAGGCAGCUUUCCCAGCUACCCGGGCAUCCCCGGGUACAGGCCAACCAGAGGCCUCAGACCCACGCAGAAACAAGGUAGCCAAGUACAGAGCCAAGUUUGACCCACGGGUCACAGCCAAAUAUGACAUUAAGGCCCUGAUAGGUCGCGGUAGCUUCAGCCGGGUGGUGCGAGUGGAGCACAAGAGCACACGUCAGCCCUACGCUAUCAAGAUGAUCGAGACGCGCUAUAGAGAGGGACGUGAGGUAUGUGAGUCAGAGCUGUGUGUCCUGCGGCGUGUACGCCACACUAACAUCAUCCAGCUGAUGGAGGUGUUUGAGACAGCUGAGAGAGUGUACAUGGUGAUGGAGCUGGCUACAGGAGGAGAGCUUUUUGACCGUAUCAUCGCCCGUGGCUCUUUCACAGAGCGUGAUGCUACACGUGUCCUACAGAUGGUACUGGACGGGGUCAAGUAUCUACAUACACUUGGUAUCACCCACCGUGACCUCAAGCCUGAGAACCUGCUCUACUAUCACCCUGGGGCGGACUCAAAAAUUAUGAUCACUGACUUUGGGCUGGCCAGCACUCGUAAAAAGGGGGAUGAGUGCUUGAUGAAGACCACUUGUGGGACACCAGAGUACAUUGCCCCAGAGAUCCUGGUACGGAAGCCAUACACUAAUGCUGUAGACAUGUGGGCUCUGGGUGUCAUUUCCUACAUUCUGCUGAGUGGAACCAUGCCCUUUGAGGAUGACAACCGCAUGCGACUCUACCGCCAGAUCCUCAAAGGGAAGUACAGCUUCUCUGGGGAGCCAUGGCCCAGUGUGUCCAACCUGGCGAAGGACUUCAUUGACCGUGUGCUGACAGUGGAUCCCAGCGAGAGGUUGACUGCAGGCCAGGCUCUGAAGCACCCCUGGGUCGUCAGCAUGGCUGCUUCAUCCUCCAUGAAGAACCUGCAGCGCUCUAUCUCCCAGAACCUCCUGAAGAGGGCCUCGUCACGCUGCCACAGCACCAAGUCUGCCCAGUCUACACGCUCCAGCCGCUCCACCAAGUCCAACAAGGCUCGCCGUGCUCGGGAGAAAGAGCUGCGUGAGCUCAACCGCCGCUACCAACAACAAUACAAUGGCUGAGUAAUAGUUACAUGGGCUGUAAUUUUGACAAACUCGUAAUGUUGCAGGUCUCAUUGAGACCACAAGCAGGGACUUAUCAGCAGCGGCCUAGAACAGCACUUCAGCUCAGCAAUAACUUCAACAUCCAUCCUAGGCCAUUGUGCCACUGAGGCAGUAAACAAAACAUCCUCAGAUUUCACUAUUUUUCCUAGAUUCCUAUUUCCUCAAGUUUCUUUCCUGUCCUUGUGUGUCUCCUCAUAUUUAUUUAUUGUUGUCAUGAUUAUAUUGUUUCCGUAGAAAUGGUCACUUGAAGCUGUCCAUCUAAACGGAUCUGUUGAACAGAAUUCAAGGUAAUGAAGGUUUAGGAAGGGAUGUUGAAAUGCUUUUCCAACACUGAUUCCUGAUUAUUUGCUGUGAAUUUAUUAUGUUACAAGAACAGUGAGUUACUUGUUUUGGUGGAGAUCUAUAUCUGAUUAUAUCUUGAUUUGGACAAAAAAUACGAUGAUACUUUGUGCUAAAACACAAGUAUGUCAAUGAAGGCCAAAAUAAACAUUGAUUUAUUUAAUUUUGGUUUAGAAGUCGUAUAUCCAAUCUUAUUGUAUCCCGACCAGUUGCUUUCAUGGAUUGCAAAUGAAGUUCUCUUUCUUGCCAGGAUUCAGUUUUUACAACCUGUCCAUUCAUGAUUUUUUCCCCAAUUCGUUCUGGGAUUCUUUUUUAACUGUGAGCUUGAAAGUCUGAGGGAGGUUGACUGGAAACUAAAUAAGGACGGAUGAUCCAGCGCUUUUGCAUCUGUCGUCGUGAGGAUUGAUUAGGCUGAAACCUAGUCCUGUCUCUGCACUCUCCUGCUCCUGCUUUCUGAGAUGGACAGCAUUGUUGUAAUGAAGUAUACACGUCAAGUGAUGUGUAAUUUAACAAACUGAUGGAGAAUAGAUCAAAUAAAUGUCUAACUGAUGGAGAAUAGACCAAUGGUUGAAAGCUCAGUAUUCAUUUAAUUUGUUGUAUCAAAUAUUUCUUUCCAAUUUGUUCUGAGUAAUGCAGACAUCUCAUGUUUGUACUGUAUUUUUUAUUUUUUCUAAAUAUUUUUAUUGAACAAACUAUGUAGUUUGACAACAACUAAAUUUGUGCUGUGGUGGAUGCUUUGCCAGUCGUAAAGCCCACAGACGGGUGUUGGGAGGAGAGACCAAUUCAAAUCUGGCCUUUCUGCACUAUUGUCAAGUCUUAAUCAAGAAAAAUGACCAUAAAAUUAUAGGAUUGAAAAUAAAUCUUAUAACUAUUGCUUUAGUCUUUUAAAUGGAACUCUUCAAUGUUUCAGAGAUUUUAUUAUUUUGGGUGUACCUUGUUCUAGCCUGUGAAUGCACUUAUUUAAGUGGUGGUUCAAGGGACUGAUCUCAUUUAACCCACAGUACCAUUUUGAGGGGUCAUCCAAUAGUGUUUUGAAGGGAUUAAACAAAAUACUUAUACCUCUGUUUUUUGUUGACAGGCUUAAUUGUUGGUUCUGUAUAUUAAUUACACAUGCUCUUGUUAGUUAGCUCCUUUUGUAGUUAUCUUUUUGUACUCCCCAACCAAGACACCCAUAGUAAGCGAUCGGUUUGAAUUUGUCAUAUAGACUAUGUACUUUUGAGCAAUUUCCGGUGAGAAGCGCUGGUAUUUUAAAGUGAAUUUUUCAAAGAUACUGGAAAUCCAACAGAGCCGUAUCAGCUUACCUCAAUCUCUCAUUUGGUAAUUCUAUAAUGUUACAUUAUUCUCCAUCUUCACUCAAUCGGUCCUACUGCUGUUAUUGUUUUUUAUUUUUAUUGUUGCACAGUAAUGUGCAGUGGUGUCUUCCCCCCACAUACUUGGCCAACUGCACCCUCCCCCUCCCCCCUUUUGUUCUCUGAACAGCCUCAAGUUGUCAUGGCAUGGACUCUAAAAGGUGUUGAAAGCAUUCCACAGGGAUGCUGGCCCAUGGUGACUCCAAUGCUUCCCACAGUUGUGUCAAGUUGGGUGGAUGUACUUUGGGUGGUGGACCAUUCUUGAUACACAAGGGAAACUGUUGAGCAUGAAAAACCCGGCAGCGUUGCAGUUCUUGACACAAACCGGUGCGCCUGGCACCUACUACCAUACCCUGUUCAAAGGCACUUAAAUCUCUUGUUAUGCCUAUUCACCCUCUGAAUGGCACACAUACACAAUCCAUGUCUCAAGGCUUCAAAAUCCUUUAUUAACCUGUCUCCUCCUCUUCAUCUACACCAAUUUAAGUGGAUUAAGCCAGCGUCAUCAAUAACUGAUCAAAGCAUUCACCUGGUCAGUCUGUAAUGGAAAGAGCAGGUGUUAUUAAUGUUUUGUACACUCAGUGUAUAUGAAAUGCAGCAUACAUUGGUACCAUGCAUUUUCAACGCCACAGAACGAAUAAUGCCAUGGUUUCAGUCACUUGUUGAUUGAUUGUUUUUGUAACAUCAAUGCCUUUUAUUUUUAACAAAGAUUUGGUUUUAAUGCAAACAUGGAAUUCAAAAUUAUUUUUACAUUCUGAAAAAACUGUCUAGGCCUGAAGAGAAUAGAUUACAUUUUUUAAAAUGGAGAAAAUUGUAAAGUGUGUAAUGUGUGCCAAGUCAAUGAUUAACCAAAUAGUAUUUGCAAAAGAUCUUACGGAAUGUAAACAUAUUUUCCGAAAGUGUUUCCUUUCACCUGUUCUAUCUGUAUGACACAUGCUGUUGUCUUUUUCGGAAGUAGCCAAUUCAACACUGUUUCCCGAAUGCAAUGGUUUUUUAUGUAUUUUUUUAUGUUGUUCAUUUGUGUUUAAAUGAGUGAUAACACAAUGAUUCUUGUACAUUCACUUUUUUUAGCCCUAUGGAUUUUUUGUUUGGAAGUCCUAGUAAAAUACACUACAUGACCAAAAGUAUGUGGACACCUGCUUGUUGAACAUCUCAUUCCAAAAUCAUGGGCAUUAAUAUGGAAUUGGUCCCCCCUUUUCUGCUAUAACAGCCUCCACUCUUCUGGGAAGGUUUUCCACUAGAUGUUGGAACAUUGCUGCGGAGACUUGCUUCCAUUCAGCCACGAGCGUUAGUGAGGUUGGGCACUGAUGUUGGGCGAUUCGACCUGGUUCGCGGUCGGCGUUCCAAUUCAUCCCAAAAGUGUUUGAUGGGGUUGAGGUCAGGGCUCUGUGCAGGCCAGUUAAAUUCUUCCACACUGAUCUCGACAAACCAUUUCUGUAUAGACUUUGCUUUGUGCCCGGGGGCAUUGUUAUGCUGAAACAGGAAAGGGCCUUCCCCAAACUACUGUUGCCACAAAGUUGGAAGCACAGAAUCGUCUAGAAUGUCAUUGUAUGCUGUAGCGUUAAGAUUCCCCUUCACUGGAACUAAGGGGCCUAGCCCAAACCAUAAAAAACAGCCCCAGACCAUUAUUCCUCCUCCACCAAACUUUAAAGUUGCCACAAUGCAUUCGGGCUGGUAGCUUUCUCCUGGCAUCCGCCAAACCCAGAUUCGUCCGUCGGACUGCCAGAUGGUGAAGCGUGAUUCAUCACUCCAGAAAACACAUUUCCACUGCUCCAGAGUUCAAUGGCAGCAAGCUUUACACCACUCCAGCCGCCGCUUGGCAUUGCGCAUGGUGAACUUAGGCUUGUGUGCGGCUACUCUGCCAUGGAAACCCAUUUCAUGAAGCUCCCGACGAACAGCUCUUGUGCUGAUGUUGCUUCCAGAGGCAGUUUGGAACUUGGUAGUGAGUGUUGCAACUGAGGACAGACGAUCUUCAAUAACAGAACUUACAGUUGACCCGGGGCAGCUCUAUCAGGUCAGAAAUUAGACGAACUGACUUGUUAGAAAGGUAGCAUCCUAUGACUGUGCCACAUUGAAAGUCACUGAGCUCUUCGGUACGGGCCAUUCUACUGCAAGUGUUUGUCUAUGAAGGUUGCAGGGCUGUGUGCUCGAUUCUAUACACCUGUCAGCAAUGGGUGUGGCUGAAGUUGCCGAAUCCACUCAUUUGAAAGGGUGUCCACAUACUUUUGUAUACACAGUAUAGUGUAAAUGCCACCAAUAUGACAAAAGGGUUUUGCUGCAAUGUAUGAUUAAGUGUUUUCCUUAUGUGUGGGUCUUGUUACAUGUUUAAUUCAAUUAACUGAGAAUUUUAAAUACUUUUCACAGACA